AUGGCGGACAAAUACUCCAACUUUAUUUCAGUAGAAGCAUCAAGGUCCCUACAACGAUUUUCCUACAAGGAAUUGGUGUUUUCUCAACUCAAGCCCGCUGGAGAGUUUAAAAGCUUAGACAGGAAUAAGGACGGAGGUAUACCAACACCGCCGCCACCACAGCAUAAUUUAGGACAUCGUUGGAAGCGUGACGUGCCACCAGGCCCACCACCACCACCAACGUUGUCGCCGCUGCUGCCAGCACCACCUCCACCAGCACUAGAACUAGCACCUCCGUCAUCACCGCUGCCACUGCCACCACCACCAGCGAGCGCAGAGUUUUUACAAAGUGGAGUUCCCGAAAGUGAUGAAUUGAAUAAUAUGCUUGCUGCAUUGAAUCAUGCUUUUUUUGUGGAUGCGAAGAGUCAAGCAGAGAAGUCUUCUGAGGAGGGAGUCGUCAUAGAGAUUCCAAUUGCUGCUUUGUAUGAAGGCUCGCCAAGUGACUAUCAAAUAAUUUGUAUUCUUGGAGUCACUAGUCAACAUUAG